CGGAAAUAUUAAGCUAACGAAGAAUUGUUUUAGGCAUUAUAUACAACGCCAUGAUGGAAUCAUGUGGAAUGAAAACUAUGAAAUAUGCGUUUUUUACUUUCAAUUUAAUAUUUGCGCUGACUGGUAUUACGAUAAUAGCUGCAGGAGCUAUAGUUAUAGCGAGCACUAAUGAUUAUAAUCAUUUUCUUGAUCCAGUUGUGUUAACAUUAUGCAUAAUUAUGAUUGUAGUUGGUUCCGUCGUAUUCCUUAUUGCUUCGAUGGGAUGUUUGGGUGCUAUCCGAGAAUCGUAUUGUCUACUUAUUUCCUUUGCUGUGUGCCUUGUGAUCAUAAUUAUAAUUGAAAUAGUUGUUGGAGUAACAGCAUCUGUUUAUCAAAAUGACUUUGUGAAAGGUCUUAAUGAGUCAAUAGCAAAUUACGGAAAAAAUGAAAUUGACAGGGAAAACUGGGAUACAAUUCAAAAGGAGUUAAAAUGCUGUGGUAUCGAAGGACCAAUCAGCUGGCAAGGACAAAAUGUGCCUAAGAGUUGUUGUUAUGACGAUAACGAUGAAUCUCUAGCUCCAUCUAAAUACUGCUCAGACCAGUCAUUUGGGAAAUUCAUGUAUUCAGAAGGAUGCAUUGAAAAAUUGAGGAUGGGAGUAAAGUCAAAUUCCAAAAUUUUAAUUGGAGUUGGUAUAGGCAUUGCCUUAAUAGAGGUUAUUGGUAUAUUCAUUUCUUGUUUCUUGGCCUGCACCAUAAAAAGGGAAGAAAAGGAGACCUAAUUAAAAAUAAAUGAGAUAUAUUUGAGUGCAAGUGUGAUAUUUCCAAUUUCUGAUUUUUAAUAUGAUAUAUUUU